GCCACAGACACACCUCCUUGAUUUACAGUAGGAACGACAUGCUUCAUCAUUUCCCCAUCGCGUAGGUGAACAUGCAUAUCUGCAAGCCCUGGUAGUCUUAAAGUCAUUUGUAAACAAUGAUAGAUUUAUUCAGGGAAGGCUUGGUGGAUGAUGAACCCUUGGGAGGAACGAAUCGAGGGCACGUCUGAUCCUUUCAAAUGUUUUGAAAAAAGGUGCGAUCUUUUUCUUUAAAUCAUAUGAAUUGUCUUUCUUUUUAUUUAGCUUAAUAGUGUUUGAAUCUAUCACUCAAGGUUUGUUCAUAACCUUGAUGAAAUCAAGAAAAUAACAACGUCCUUUUCACCUCUCUAAAGUAGUAAUAAACUAAUCCUUUGAUGAGCUUCAAGCUCAAUUCAAUGUUCAUUUUGAUUGCUUUUCCAACAAAGCAAUCAGUUCCUGAAAAAGAUUUGUUUACGGUUUAACACUCUCUCACUGCAAUCCUUUAUAUUACCUUUGUGUAUUCAUUCACAGCCCGUUAUUUGACCCAGGUUACUAGUAUGAAGGGCUGAAUUUUUGUUUUCAGCAAUAAAGUCAAUUCCGAGGGGGAGCAUUGUCUAGUAAAUUGCUUGGAAAAUGUCAGAUCCACAUUCCGGUGUUGCUCCUAUUCGUGAAGAAUUUCUUGCUAAACCAGAGCAAGCGGAGAGAAAGCGCAAGCCUAAAGAACGUGGGCAACAUAAAAAGAGGAGUAAAGUCUCCGUACGUGAGGAAAAUGCACUUUGUCCCUCGAUUUCUGUUGGAAAGGAAUGUCCGUUUCAAGAGAACUGUAAAUUUGGUCACGACGUAGAGAUUUACCUUGCGCAAAAGGAACCUGAUUUAGGUGAAAAAUGCAUAAAUUACGAGACUUAUGGCGUCUGUCCGGCCGGGUAUAAGUGUCGAUGGUUAACAGGUCAUGUUAGAGUUAACGAGGAUGGAAAACACGAGCUAGUCCAAAAACCUGAUAGCAAAUUCGGACUUAAUAUGCUGAAUGCUGUAGACAAAAAUAUUCAGAAGAAGCUUCGAACAAAGCAAUUGGACUUGAGUAAAGCUGAAAGAAUGAUCUCUAUCGUGCUUGGGGAAGAAAAGCCUCAGUCAAAUGAUCAGAAUACCCAAGAACCCCGAGCUGAAGAAGAAGUUUCUCGUAAAGGCGAGCAGGAUCAACCACCUUUUGAUACCAACAAUGACAAAAAAGUCGACAUGGAUGAUAAACCAGAAUCACAAACCAUCGAGACAUCACAUAAACAAACUGAGGAGGAAACAAAAAAUAAAGUAACUACGGAUGACAUCCAUAAACAAGCUCGUUCUGACGUCCUUUUACCGACAUUGCGACCUCAAGAAAAAAGGAGAAUUGACUGGAAAGGUAGAAAAAUUCUCGCUCCACUAACCACAGUUGGUAAUCCUCCUUUUCGAAAGCUUUGCGGGUCUUUGGGUGCAGAUACAUUUUAUACCGAAAUGGCAAUGUGUUAUCCCUUAAUGCAAGGUAACCAGCCAGAAUGGGCUCUUGUUCGUGGUAUCAAUACGGAACGGGAAACGAUGCCUAACGGAAGAAAGGGAAUUUUAGGUAUCCAAUUAGCUUGCUCAAAACUUUGGCAAGGAGUAAAAACUGCUCAAGUUAUUGCUGAAAAUUGUGAUGGUGCUGAUUUUUUGGAUUUGAACUGUGGUUGCCCCAUCGAUCUUGUCUUUCGUCAAGGAGCAGGAUCAUCCUUGCUGGAGAACCCCAGUCGUCUUAUUAGAAAUUUGCAAGGUAUUGAUGCUAUUUCUGGUACCAUUCCAACUACAGUGAAGCUUCGUACAGGAAACCGUGAGGAUCAUCCCGUCGUGCAUAAACUAUUGAGUCGUAUUCAUCUUGAGACGAAUACGUCUGCUGCUGUGCUUCAUGGCCGAUCUCGUCAGCAGAGAUACUCAAAAUUGGCAAAUUGGGAAUAUGUGAAAGAUUGCGCUUCUAAUAUUCGGAAAUUGAAUGAAGGAAUUGACGAAUUACCCGAAGGUAGUCUUCGUACUCAACCACUUGCUUUCAUUGGUAAUGGUGAUUGCUACAGCUGGCAGGAUUGGUAUGAGGGUAUGGAUACGGGAGUCGACACAAUUAUGGUAGCCCGUGGUGCAAUCGUAAAGCCUUGGAUUUUUGAAGAGAUUGAGGCUCGUCAACACAUCGAUAAAUCAUCAACUCAACGAUUGGAAAUUUUGCAGGAAUAUUGCAAUAAUGGAUUACAAUAUUGGGGCUCAGAUGCCCAAGGUAUAAACACUACCAGGAGGUUCUUUUUGGAAUUUAUGAGUUUCUUUCAUCGGUACACCCCUAUAGCUUUAUAUGAAGUUGCGAGACCAAGACUGAAUCAGCGGCCUCCUCUUUACAAUGCCAGGGAUGAAAUGGAAGGCAUGCUUGCUAGCACGAAUGUCAACGACUGGGUCAAACUCAGUGAAAGAUUUUUGGGUCCUACACCCUCCAAAUUUAACUUCACACCUAAACAUAAAAGUAACAGUGUAGAAGAGGCGGAGGGUUAAAGAGGUUUACUUACAUAAAAAGAAAAAAAGUUGCAUGUACAUUAUGGUAAUUCUAUAAAAUUUGGCUGUAAUUUUUACUUUCAAAGUUUUGGAUAACUUGAACAUAAUUAGACAACAACAGAUUUAACUGAAAUUUUGAAAUAAAAACCUUCUAUUCAUUAACA